CGCGUUAUAAACUGAUUUUAGGCCAAGGACAAUCUCCAAGGUGGGCCCAAAAGUCCAACGGUCAGGAUUGCAGACCUAUGCCCGAGCUGCACAAAAUCAAACAUAUUCUACGGUUGAGAAACCUAUGAUUCCUUCGUUUUCUUGGUGGUAAUGCCCACUUCUUCUCACGUGAAUGGCCAUGAGUUUCUCUCUGCAGCUCGGCUUUUUUCAACCUUACUCUCUCCAACGGCAUUCUCAAACUCCAAUUCCAACUAAUCAAACUAGAAACCCAAUUGCAUAUUUCUCUGCUUCAACCGUUGAAAGAUCCCAUGAAAUUACAAGAAGCAAGAUUUAUAGCCAAACCAACUUCAACUCCAAUGGAAAACCCGAAAUCCAAACCUUUAUUGAUCUCUUACGCGAUUGUGCGUCGAAGAAAUCUAUCCUAGAAGGCAAAAAGGCUCAUGGGUAUUUGUUAAAAUCUAAUUUUGAUGUCGAACAUGCUGGAAAAUGGCUAGUUCUGUUCAAUCACGUGGCAUACAUGUAUGCAAAAUGCUCCAAUUUCACCUACGCUCGCCGUGUGUUUGUUGAAAUGCCUGAAAGGAACGUGUUCUCAUGGACUGUCAUGAUAGUAGGGUCAACUGAUAACGGGUUGUUUCUAGAUGGGUUUAGAUUCUUCUGUGAGAUGCAGAGUCAUGGAGUCCGACCCGACAAGUUCGCUUAUACCACUGUUGUCCAGUCAUGCAUAGGGCUCGAUUCCGUCGAAUAUGGGAAAAUGGUGCAUGCCCAAAUUGCAAAGAGUGAGUUUUCGUCAAACACUUUCGUCAAUACAUCUCUUCUUACCAUGUAUGCAAAGUUUGGGAAAAUCAAUGAUUCUGUGCUACUGUUUAAGACAAUGAAUCUGCAUAACCAAGUUACAUGGAAUGCAAUGAUAUCGGGAUUUGCAUUGAACAAUCUCAAUUUAGAACCGUAUGAUUGUUUCCAAUCAAUGAUGGAGGAAGGAUUUGAGCCGAACAUAUUCACGUUUGCUAGUGUGUUGAAGGCAGUUGGGAAGUUGGGUGAUGUCUGUAAAGGCAGACAAGUACAUUCUUAUGUUAGGGAGUGUAAUUUGGAGUCUAAUGUUGUUGCCGGGACGGCUCUUAUCGAUAUGUAUUCAAAAUGUGGAUGCUUGACGGAUGCAAGAUCAGUCUUCGAUAAGAAUUUUACCAACUGUGAAGUGAAUACGCCAUGGAAUGCUAUGAUUUCGGGCUAUUCUCAAGGUGGGUUUUGUGAGGAUGCCUUGGAUCUCUUUACCCAAAUGCGUGUGAAAAAUGUAUAUAUGGACCUUUUCACAUAUGGUAGUGUCUUCAAUGCUUUAGCGGGUAUAAGGUGUUUGCACAAUGUGAGGGAAGUGCAUGGGCUCGUCACUAUGUUUGGUGACGAUUCACGGGUUUUAAGUGUGAACAAUGCACUCAUGGAUGCGUAUGCUAAAUGCGGAUCUCUUGAAGAUGCAGGUAAGGUUUUUGAGAGCAUGGAAGAGAGAGAUGUGGUGUCUUGGACCACGAUGCUUACUGCAUAUGCGCAAUGCUUAGAAGGGGAGAAGGUGCUCAAUGUUUUUUCGAUGAUGAGGCAGGACAAUGUGAAGCCGAAUCAAUUUACAUUUUCCAGUGUCCUCAUUGCAUGUGCUAGCCUUUGUUUGCUUGAUUAUGGUCGACAAGUCCAUGGGCUUUUAUGCAAGGAUGGGUUCAGAGGUGAUGAUUGUGUUGAGAGUGCUCUAAUUGAUAUGUAUGCGAAAUGUGGUAGUAUUGCUGAGGCUGAGAAGGUUUUUGAGGAGAUCAUUAAUCCAGACAUUGUUUCAUGGACCGCGAUAAUCUGGGGUUAUGCCCAACAUGGUUUUUCAAACAGAGCUCUUCGACACUUCAGGGAGAUGGAGGAUUCAGGGAUCAAGCCGAACAAGGUUACCAUUUUAUGCGUUUUGUUUGCUUGCAGUCAUGGAGGCAUGGUCAAUGAAGGGCUCCUUUAUUUUGAUUCUAUGAAGGAAAGGUAUGGCCUCAUGCCUGAGAUGGAACAUUAUGCUUGUGUGGUCGAUAUUUUAGCUCGAGUUGGCCGCUUCGAUGAUGCGAUGGAGUUCAUUAAUGGCAUGCCCAUCAACCCAACUGAAAUGGUGUGGCAGACCUUAUUGGGUGCAUGUAGGGUCCACGGUAAUGUUGAGCUGGGAGAAAUCGCUGCCAAGAAGAUCCUAUCAGUUAGACCAGAUUAUUCUGCGACUUAUGUGCUUCUAUCGAAUACAUAUAUUGAGACAGGCAGUUUGAGUAAUGGGCUUAGUUUAAGAAAUGUGAUGAAAGAGAGAGGUGUGAAGAAAGAACCCGGGUUUAGUUGGAUUGUCAUUGGAGGCAGAGUGCAUAAGUUCUUUGCUGGGGACCAGAAUCACCCCAGGAAGGAGGAUAUAUAUGCCAAGUUAGAUGAAUUGAGAGAGAAGAUGAAAGCCAUGGGGUAUGUUCCAGAUGUGACGGCUUCAUUACUGGAUUUGGAAGAGAGGUGAAAGAAGUUUUGGUGGGUUCGUCACAAGGCGAAGUGACUUCCAAAUUCUGACUGUGCCGAGUCCUACUUGCGACAUUUGUGUCUGCCUGCUGGAUAUCGGGCUGAUUGCUCAUCAGGUGCUACACAUGCACUUUGAUUGUAGACUGCUGGUUAGUCAUUUUCAACCAUUAUUUUGCUGAUAAACCCUGUACUCCACUUGACUACAACAGGUUGAUUUAUGAUUCAGCGUGAUUAACAAUCCAGUUCUCUCGCACAAACAUGCUAUUAUGGAAUCACUCUAUCCAAUCACAUAGCUUAGUCAGACCGAGUGCAAUUUCGAGAGCUGUCAGGAGACCAUUCAUACUGCUUCCUGCAUUUAGAAGCUGCUGUUAGGAAGGAGGCAUUGGAAAGACCGGAUGUUUCUGGGAUGAGGCUUCCAAAUAAGGGGAAGUCAUUCUGAAAAUCAAGAACUUUGUUGUUGAAUGGGCUUCUUGUAUAAAAUCUUUACGAGACUGUAAAUUUUUUUUUUUGCUGUGUCUUUAAUUCUUUGCGCCUUUCAAUAAAUUGGCCAGAUAAUCCUU